AUGUCUGACGCCGGAAGAAAGCCAAUUAGCACCAAGUUGUCUGAGUCUUUGACUCCUGACUCCCAAAAGACAACCACUGAAAAGGUCAAGGAAUCCGUCACGGGCCAAGCUGACAAGUUUGCUGCUGCAGUUCAACCACAACAAGAAAAGUCCUUUGCGCAAACAGUUUCUGACGAUGUUCAAAGAGGCCACGACCAAGGUAAGGAAGCUGCCACUCCUCAAAAGCCUUUAACUGAAACCAUCGGCGAAUACGUUGAAGCUGGUAAGGAAGUAAUUGCCGAAGCAGCUGCUUACGUUACUGGUGCUACCACUGGUGCUGCUGAAGGUGCCAAACAAGGAGCUGACGCCACUAAGACAUCACCAUAUGUUGAUGACACCAGGAAGUAA